AUGAGAUUUGAGAACAAACAAGCACAGCAAUUCUUCGCCUUCCCUAUUCCCACAGCGGUGUUAAACCGGUCGGUCACAGUAACGGAGCGAUUUCCGGACGACGCGGCGUCUAGCCCAACGUGCCUUCGCCGCUUCCAGAUGCCGGUUCUGGAAUUAUUUAAAGGUAGCGACCCACAUUCAAGCUUAGAUGAUCCGGCACAAUGCGGCGCGGGUCGAUGUGCGCGCGCCGCAACAGGUGAACCCUGCGGACCCGGCGCGACGACGGCCUAG